AUGGUUAUAAUACUGGUUUUGUUAUUGUUGAAUUUGAUGCAUCCCAGUCACCAAAAGCCCCGUUCUUCUAUGGAGGUUAGGACAUCUUCUCCACAGUGUGCGGGUGGGUAUCAGAGCUUUAACCCGAGGCAGCGCAGGGAUGCUGCGGGGCGUGGAGGAGUGUACGAGCACCUUGGGGGAGCACCGAGACACAGAAAGCUGUACUGUGCCACAAAGUAUCACUUACAAAUACAUCCCAAUGGGAAAAUAGACGGGACCCUGGAGGAGAAUAACCCUUUCAGUGAGUACAAUAUAACUUACUCUCGUAUAUUUAUGCCUUGUUAUAUGCUAUGCAUAUACAGUUUAUGUUCAGCCACUAUAUAGGCUAUAGUCGAAUAAGAAUAGCCUAUGCAGAAAUACUUUUAAAGUAGGCCUAGAUAGAUCAUUAUGUUGUUUUUUCUGUUGGUACAUUGGAGUGAUCAGAAGGCAGCUCUAAAUAGUUAAGACAGAAGGAUACUGGAUGAUGUAAAGUGUUACUGAAAUCCUUAACUUUUGUUUUGUUGCAUCCAAUACAACAGUAGUGUCUCUACAUUAUAAUAGCAUUGUUAUUACAUUGCCUUAACAUUUGGCAUAGCAUGAAAUGAGAAUGAAUUAAUGUUUUGUUUUUUAUCUACUGUAUUGUUUUUCCAUCCAGGCAUAUUGGAGAUCGCAGCAGUGGAUGUGGGAGUGGUGGUGAUUAAAGGACUGUUCUCUGGUAGAUAUCUGGCCAUGAACGAAAAAGGAGGACUAUAUGCAUCGGUAAAUGUGGCAUGAUCUCUGAGAUCUUUCUCUGUCUGCCUGCCUGCCUGCCUCUCUCUCUCUCUCUCUCUCUCUCUCGCUCUCUCUCUCUCUCUCUCUCUCUCUCUCUCUCUCUCUCUCUCUCUCUCUCUCUCUCUCUCUCUCUCUCUCUCUCUCUCUCUCCCUCUCUCUCUCUCUCUCUCUCUCUCUCUCUCUCUCUUUCCCUCUCUCUAAUAAUUGGAUAAUUGACUACCAUUCCUAUUCAGUCUCAUUUUAAUAUAACAUAGUCCUAAACUUGGUAAAACUUUCACUGUAAUACAUUUGGUUUCAACUAAAUGUCUAUUUUCUCAGGCUGCCUUCAACCAGGAGUGUGAGUUCAUGGAGCGGAUCCAUGAGUUAGGCUACAACACCUACGCUUCCCGCCACUACCAGACAACCACUCCCUCCACCUCAACAGGAAGCAGCAACAGGCAAAGGGCGAGCGCUGAGAGGCUGUGGUAUGUGUCAAUCAAUGGAAAGGGCCGGCCAAAGCGUGGCCUGAAGACUCGCAGGACAGAGAAGGCCUCCCUCUUCCUGCCCAGGGUCCUUGGCCACAAGGACCAUGACAUGGUUCACCUGUUGUUCAACAGUAGUCUAGGGUACAGACUUACAGGAAAGACAGGGCCAAGGAGACAGAGACAUGUUUCUAUAUCCAGGGAGUUUGAUGACUAG